GUGGAAAGUAAAAUGUCAGAAGAUACUGAGGGAAUUGAAAAAGAAAUAGAAGUUGAAUUAAGCAGAAUCAGUGUUUCUUCCUUUGAAGCAGAUGACCUUGACACAGAGGUAUCAGAUGAAACUUUGAGAGACAGUGAGGUGAUUUCAGAUGACUUGCCAGAAUCCGUUAUCUCCUAUUUAAACUUCAUAAAAAGCAGAAAUCAAGAUGCUGAAAAGUUUAUACUGCAAGACUCAGAAGAUGAAGAAACUACAAGUAAUACUGGCAAGGGAUUUUAUCUCUGUGUACCAAAUUAUGCAUUUAUUUCUUCUUGCCAUCCUUCAGUUUACUUGGCAGACUUGGCUUCUGAAUAUAAUGAAGAUCCAGAGCAAUUUAAAAAAAAGGUACUAUUUGAAAAUGAAAAUGAAGACCUACAGAUUGCUACAACAACUAGUUAUAAUAGUCAGUCCACCAGUGAUGAAGUGGUAUCUGAUGACCAUUAUGUUACAGCUGAUGUUGAAAUAAGCGUAAACUUUACUCAUCGUGAAGUAGAAGAAAAGUGUAGACAAGAACUUGAGCAGUGGGAGAAAAGACAAAAGGAGCUUGAAGAUGAAAAGAGGAAAAAGUGGAAAGCUGAGAGAGAAGCACAGGAAAAACAAAAUGAAGAUGAACAGACAAGAAGGAGGCAGCAUCUGGAGGAAUUGGAGGCUGAAAAAGUAAAGCUAGAGCUUCUUCAUAAGAAACACCAAAUUGCAAUAGAAGAUCAGUUGCAGAAAGAAGAGAAAGCUUGGAGAGACAAAAUGAUGCAACAUGAGGAAUUGAUCAUGAAACCACAGUUGCAAAUGGAAGAUGAUAAAAAUGCCUUGGAAAAGCAGAAAGCAAAAGAAAGACAACACCUGACAGAACAACAGAAUACAGCAGCUGUGAAAAUCCAAGCUAGAUUUAGGUCAUUUUUAGUCCAUAAAAAAUAUGCUCCCAUCUUAAAACAAUGGAAAGAUGAAGUAAAAAAGAAGCAGAAGAUACUAGAAGAAACAGAGAGAGAAAUGAAAGAAAAAGAGGAAAAAAUGAAAAUGCAAAUGGCAGAAAAUUGGCAAAAGAAAGAAGAAGAAAAGAAGAGACAAGAAAUUCUUGAAAGACAGGAAUAUUUGGAACAGGUGAGGAGAUGUGAGGAUUAUGAGAAAAAGAAAGAAAGCCUGGCACUUAAAAGAGAAAAACAGUUGCAAAUAAGAAGAGAAGAACAGAGAAAACAAGGACAAAAAAAAUCAAAAACUGUGAUGAGUGAAAGCACAGAAAAGAAGAAAGGAAACAUAAACAACCAUAAGCAGACAGAAAAUACAAAAGUAGUAGGAGAACAGGAGGAGGAAGAAAUAGAGGAAGAAGGAGAAGGAAAACAGGCUGAAAUGAUGGAUGAAAAAACAUAUUGGAUUAUUCCAGCACAAAGAACUUUGACAUUAACAUCAAAUAUGCUAGGCUGUGAGAAGGAGCACUUUUUUCAAGUAAAUAAUGAGAGCAUAUACAAAAAUUCAGUAACACAUAUAGGAGAAACUUACCCACAAACUAGAGAUCUUAAUCAAGCUUCAAACAGUCAUACUUCAACCAAUGAAUCUGUUAAUUUUGGAACUAACAACAUGGUAGAAAGUAAAGCAAGCAAUAUAUGCAGCAGUCCACCAGUCGUCCAACCAGAUGGUAGUGAAAAAGAAGUCAAAGAUCAUGUUUCUCAGUCUGAAGCAAGGAAGAAAACAGUGUUUCUGAUGGAAGAUGCUAAUGAAGUCAGAGAGACUUCAGACAAAAUUCAAGAUUCAACUGAGUGUUCCAGUAGUAUAAUUCUUCCUGAUGAUAUUGAAAAGAAGAGAAUAAACUGGAUGAACACAUGUAAAUCCUGGUCUAAAAUACAUGAAGAAAAUCAAAGAAAGAAAGCAGCUGAAAAAAAAGGACCAAGGAAGAGUUCAUUUAGCAAGAUGCCUAAGAUGCCUCCAUUAAGUAUAGAAAAGAUACUUCAUAGCAGCCCUUGGUGUACUCCAAAGCAGGUCACAACACUUACACUUGAAGAUUUGCCAGCUUGUAGUCUCUCAACGUUAUCCGAGUGUUCAAAUCUUCAAUUUUUGACUCUGAGGCGCUGUGGUCUAGUUGCACUGGAAGGACUAAGUAGCUGCAAAGACCUGAAGUAUAUCAAUGUGGAGGAAAACGACAUUCAGACAAUCGACUGUGAAAAUCUAGAAAAUCUUAGUAUUCUUAUUCUGAGCAAGAACCAUCUUUCAUCAGUUUGUGGCUUAGAUGACUGCAUAAAUCUUCAAAAUCUUGAACUUUCCUACAACAGAAUCACUCGGAUUGGUGGUCUGGAGUCACUGAAAAAUCUUCAGCAAUUAAUUGUGGACCAUAAUCAGUUAAUCAGCACAAAAGGUCUUUAUGAGGCACCUACUCUCAUUCACCUAGACUGCUCUUUCAAUCAUCUAACACAAGUUGAAGGCAUUGAGAACUGUGGCCUACUUCAGAUUCUGAAGUUGCAAGGCAAUAACCUGCAGGAGUUUCCAAGACUGGAAAAUCAUGUUCUCCUUAGAGAACUAUAUUUGGAUGACAAUAGCUUUUCUACUAUGAGAAUGCUUUCUUUGUAUUGGUUGCCUCUAUUGCAGAUUCUUUUGCUGUCUCAAAAUAGAUUAACUGAGCUUGUGCCUUUGAAUUCAUUUGUAUCUUUGGAAAAGCUGGAUAUCAAAAAUAACUGCUUGUCAGACCUUGAAGGUGUCAUUUCAUGGUUAAGUGGCUGUCAUAAGCUAAAGGACUUGUCACUCAGUGGAAAUCCUCUUCUCCAAGAAAGAAAUUGGAGGCCUUUCUUUUGUAAGGUCCUUCCUAGUUUACAGUUGCUUGAUGGUGAAAUCUUAAACUGUAAUACUUUGCCUACAACUGAAAGGAUAAAAAAAUCAGAAUCAAGUACUUUUAUGGAACUUUGUCAACUUCAAAUUGAAGAAAAUGUUCUACUGAAAAAAAAGGCUGCUGAACUGAGAACUGCCUCUUCUAUAAAUUCUGCACAGGGACAAUGCUGGUAUUUUAAUCAGUUGAUGAAACUUAGCAUUAAACAUCGAUAUGCACAUGAGUAUGGUGAACUAUACAUUACUGACAGAGAUGGACCAGAAGCACUGCAAAAUCAUCUAAAGCAAACAUCUACUGGCUGCCUACAGGAAAAUAACCUCUUUAUCAUGGGUGCGACAGAAAAUAAACAGGACUUGUUGGAUCCUUCCAAAAGAUGGAUUGCUACUGGCCAUACUCAGGCCACAUUCAUUAACUCCUCCAUACCUGUGCACCGAAAGGAAAAUAAAGAACAUCAGAAAGUGAAGGAGACGAGCACUGAAUCUUGUAUUAAUUACAGUGGGGAGAGCAAAGGCAACAAUAACAUGUCAGCUGAACUCAUGUUGCAGCAGUCAGUGAUAGUAGUAAGUAAUGUGGGAAAAGAUCUUCAGCAUUUUGAGAAUGAUACAGAAAGGCUACAUAUGGCAGCAUCAGUGAUCCAGUCUUUUUGGCGGCAGUACCAUGCCAGGAGGAAAACCAACUGCACAAAACCAGAGAAUCAUCAGUUUAUAGAGUCUUUGAGACAGAAGCAUGAAGCUGCCACACUAAUCCAGGCAUUUUGGAAGGGUUUUCUUUUGCGAAAGAAACUGGCCAGUGCUCUUGCAGCUGUUAAAAGCAAUGAAGUAGAGGAUGACUAUGAAGAAAUAAAUGUGGAUGAUUUCACGUUUUCUGAAGCUGCGUUAGAGAAGGAAUGGCUAACUCUAGAUUCCACCCGUUUCCCUUCAAAAACACUCCUGCUCUCGAACCAGCUGUACUGGCCAAAGUAUUCUAGGCCUUCACAUUCCAGUGAACAUUCAAAUGGUUCGCCAGUGUCACCACAAGAAGUUGGGGAGUGCAUUAACAGCCCACAUUCAUAUUUAGCAGAAAAUAGUUGCUUUCAUAGCAGGUCAGGGAAGGGAACAAUGUCACAGCUUUCUGACUGGAAGGAAAAAAAGACAUUUUCAUUCAUGUCUCAAAAAGAAGAGAAAAUUUCAGAAGAAUGGGGUUUUAAGGAUAUUUCUACUGCACAGCUAAUGCUGAAGAGGGCCCGUAAAAUGAAGCCUAAAAAGUAUAGUAAUAAAAAUUUAGACCCAGCUGUGAGACUGGCGUUGUUCAAAAACAAUGAAAAUAAACAUCUCCAUGUGAAACCACUGAGGAAGACACAGCCUAUAAAUGCUAGUUACUUUGAAGGUAAAAAAGAAGAAUUUUCUCAGCUGGAUACUUCUUUAGAUGAGAAAUUACAAAGGAGAAAAGACUUUACAUACAAAUGGCUUCAUACACAGCUUUUGGAUUAUGGAGCUGCCAGUUUCAAAAAUACGAAGUGCUGUCAUUUUUUGCCUGAGUUAGAUCCUGUGAUAUGUGACAGUAGGCAAGUACAACUUGUGGCAAGCCCUGUAAGCAGAGAAGACACGGAUUUAGACCUUGUUUCCAUGGCCAGUGGAAGUGCUUUGACUGAGAACAGAGAAAAAAAUAAGCAGGCACACAGACACUCAGCAAGAUCCUCAAAAAAGAAUAUACCUACUCCAGAAAAAUCAUGUUUGGGUCCAUCUCAUAAAGAGCGGAUAUCAUUUCGAGACCAUCCGGUGCAGUUCAGCGGAGGAUGGGGAGCAGGCAAAAAAAGGACAAAGCUUAAAAAUACUAGAGAUAAUUUAACUAGUUGAUUUAAUCAAACACGGAGGGCAUAUGGAGAGCUGUUUCUUUUUAAGCCUAUGAAUAUUAAUUUUUGGAUUCUCAUUUAGUACCAAUAUAAAGAGUUUCAAUUAACUACA